CAACGCAAAUAAUGCAAUAAGUUGUUAGUAGGUAAUUAUGUCACGAUUUUUUUAAGGCAUAACAUACUUACUUAAUCACCGAUAGAUAUAUAAUAAAUUAAUGUGAAUAAUGUGUUCAAGAUUAAAAUUUGAUUUAAUAAUACUAGUGUUGUGUGUUAAUUUUCUGUCCGUUCUUGCCAACGAUGACGGGAUCAUUUGCGGGUCGUCUGGUGAUCCGAUCACUUAUUGGGAAGAUAAUCCACCAGAUCCACCAAAACUUUAUUGUGUAAUUGGCGACGAAAUAAAUUUGACUGUCAAGCAACAUAACGUUCCAAAAUAUUUCAAUAAAUUUCUCAUUAAAAAUUUCGUGCAAUACGAUGUGUCGAAACCCCCUUUAUAUGAGGAUGUCAGUGGUGAUUAUCAUUAUAAUGAGGAACGGACAAGGACAAUAAAUUUAAAAAUAAAAAUUACGAAUAAAUCAUUGUUAAGCCACGUCUUAGAUGUGAGGUUUUUAAAUAAAAGUCACAAAAAAAAAGAAAUUUAUAAACUUAGUAUUUCGCCUGUUCCUAACAAUUGCGUCGUUCAUCAUGUGGUUUAUGCUAUAGAUUGGAAAAAUGGAUGUAAUUAUGUAGACAUAGAAGUUAAACAGUUCCAAACUCCCUCUAUAACAGGAGUAGAAUAUAAGUCUGAAAAGGAGAAAUCAUACAAUAUUUCAUCACCAGCGUUUACAGAGAAAACUGAUAAAUUCAGCUCUCCAAUGAUAAUUGGAAUAACGUUACUAGUAAUUUUGGUGACGCUCACAACUUUAUAUUUACUUCAUAAAUGUAGAAAUUGGAAGGAGUCGGGAGAACCACUUUAUGCUGAAAUACAGUACGCCGAAUUACAACUAAAUCAAGCCAAUAUGUCUCGUCUUACACCAAACGAUGUAACCUACAGUCAAAUAAAGGGAGUUCUCAUUGCGAACCCAUGUCAAGUUGGACGGAAAUCUACAACCAACGUUGGAUCAAACGAAAGGAAUAUGACCAAUAUUGGAACAAAUCCUCAAACCAGCUGA